AUGCCUCCCCUUCCAAUUCCUACAACUCCUAGAAUCGUCAUAUACUAUCAGACGCAACAUCAUCCCGAUGGCAAAUUAUGUUCAAUAUUACCUAUCAUAACCAAACCGAACAUCGCGGUGACACAUGUCAAUGUCGCCGCGAUUCAUCUCAAUGAUCCCCCAGGAAAUAUAACUCUGAACGAUCAUGUACCUCAACAUGAACGAUUCGUUACCAUGUGGGCGGAACUUCGAAUCCUUCAAGCCUCCGGAAUAAAAGUAAUGGGAAUGCUUGGCGGGGCAGCAAAGGGUUCAUUCACACGACUCGAUCAAGACGAUGCCACAUUCGAACUCUAUUACAUUCCUUUACGAAAUCUUAUCCGCGAACGGGGUCUCGAUGGUCUAGAUCUCGAUGUUGAAGAAGAAAUGACUCUGGCCGGAAUAAUUCGAUUAAUUGAUCGACUGAAAGCAGAUUUCGGAGCUGGAUUUAUCAUUACACUUGCGCCUGUGGCUGCGGCAUUGGUAUCUGAACUGCCAAAACAUAACCUAAGCGGAUUCAACUACGAAGCGCUGGAGGUUAUGAGAGGAAGUAGUAUUGAAUGGUACAACACCCAGUUUUAUUGCGGGUGGGGGGAUAUGAGCAAGACAGCUGGAUAUGAUAUGAUGAUGAUGAGGGGGUGGCCUGCACAUAAAAUCGUGGUGGGUAUGGUUACCAAUCCGGGGAAUGGUAGUGGAUGGGUGCCUUUUGAGACUUUGCAGGAAGUCCUUCUCAAUCUGAAGUUGAGUUAUCCUACAUUCGGUGGUGUAAUGGGUUGGGAAUAUUUCAAUUCGUUGCCGGGGGAUAGAGAUAGACCGUGGGAAUGGGCGGCUUGGAUGACCAGGGUCUUGGGCAAAUUACCGAUAUCUGCACCAAAGCAGCCGAUUGCGAGUCCAAGUGUAAUACCGGAGGUAGAAGCCCAAAAGCCGCUUGUGAGUAGAAAUGUAGAUGAUGAUCUUGAAGGGGAUGCUCCUUUACCUUCGGAAUUUGAGUAUCAUUCCUCGGGAUAUGGAGAUGAGGAUUAA